AUCACAAUAAGUGGCUUAUCCCAGCUUAUGAAAAAGAUGCCCCACUCCCCCAAGCAGGUGGCUCAGAAAACUGUCCAUCUGAAUUUGACUGAAGACUGUAUGAACCACUUCCAGAAGAAUGUGCAGAAACUCUGCAAAGCUGAGCAGGACCUGGCAGUAGGGUCUGAUGUGGAGGGUCAGAAGGUGAAGGACCCGAUGAGGACACUGCUUCCUGUGCUGUUUCACCCCCACAACAUCUACGGCAAGAUCAGAGCUGUUCUCCUCUACAUCUUCAGCAAGUCAGGAACAACAGAGGAGAACCUGAACAAACUCAUCCAACACGUUAAGAUCGAGGAGGACAGAGAGUUUAUUCUCAACUGGAGAGAACUGGGAGUCCCCAUCACAUCUUCGCCAAGCUUGUUCCCACUGCUUAGGUCGUCUCGAAGGGAGCGAUUUCAGGAAGAGACAUACAACCUGUCCAGAUGGACACCUGUCAUCAAAGACCUGAUGGAGGUCAGCGUAAUGCAGACGAUGAUAACUGCCCGUCAGAAACACAAGGCCAGUUCUCAGUAUGAGCGGAGGAGUGGCUCCAGGCUCAUCAUCUUCGUCAUCUGA